AGCCAUUUCAACUCAAGCCGCUCUUGCUCCUCGAUCUCAAAGCAUGAGCCGCGCUGUGCGGAAAAGGGCCUUGGCCUCACCGUUCGAGGCCUCGCCUGGCAAGCCAAGCCGGCAACGUGAUCCGGGCGAGGGCGACUGGGACAUUCCUGACAGGUCUGUAGUGGCGCUUAUUGAAAGCAGGUCCCGCGAGAUUGGUUUGGCUGGUGUGCACUGCCGGUCGAUGGAGUUUGAGGUGACCCAGUUCAGUGACUCAGCAUGCUACAGUCGGACAAUUUCCGCAGUGCUAGCUGCUGAGCCUGCUGAUGUGCUGGUCAGCCGGACAGCUAGAGGCACGCGGCUGCUGCAGCUGCUGGAGAAGGAGUUGUCAGCACCGCCGGUAUUUCUUGAGCGGCGCCAUUUCGAUGAGGCCGACGGGCAGAGCCUGCUGGAGGAGGCUGCAGUGCGGGGCCUGGCGCCGGCGGACUUUGGGGCGAAGUUCGCUGCGGCCGCAGCCCUGGCAGCACUGCGGCGGUACUUGGAGAGCCAGCUGCAGCUGCGCAUGGCUGCAACCCAUGUCACCUUCAGGGCGGCAGCUGACAUUUGCGUUGUGGACAGUUCCACAGCAAGGCUCCUGGAGCUCGUGCACUCGUCCAAGAGGACUGUGGUGGGACUCUUUGCGUGUCGCACUUCAGGUGGCACUCAGCUACUCCGGCAGUCGCUGCUGCAGCCCUCUGCGCGACUCAGCGAAAUCCGGCGCCGCCAGGAUGCGGUGGAGGCGUUGCGGGAUUCCAAAGAGACGCUCGAGCGCGUGCAGCAGCUGCUGCCGGCCCUGGCUGACCUCGACCUGCUGGUGGUGCGGCUUACCGCGGAGCCCCGGCACCGUGGGCUGCUGUGGUGCAAGGCCGCGGUGCGCACGGCGCUGCGGCUCCGCCAUGCCUUGGCCGCUCUGCCGCUGCUUGCAGAGACCCUGGCGGAGGCGGAGGCUCUGCGUGAGCUGCAGAAGGCGCUGCUGGGCUUCGAUUUGCUGCAGGAGCUGGACCGCGUGCUGGAUAGCACUCCGCCCGGGCGGGGCUCCAUGGCGCAUGCGGCGCUGAUGUACGCAGUGAAGCCCAAGGUGAAUGCAUUGCUGGACGUGGCCAGGCAGACAUGGACCGAAUCACUGGAGCAGAUCCACUCCUUGCACCGCACACUGGCAGUGAAGUAUCCAGAUCUGAACAUCCGCCUCGAGUUCGCUGAGAAGAAAGGCUGGUACCUUUCGCACCUUGGGGGUGCACCUGAGCUGCUGCAGACGAUGCCGCGGGGAGGCCGGUUUUGUAGUAGCACUCGGGAGCUGAACAGCGAGAACUUCAAGCUGCGCCAGGCGGAGGGUGAGAUCCUGCGGCGAAAUGUGGAGGUCUUGGCCGGGCUCUUCGAGCGCCUUCGGGCCGAGGCCCCCCGGCUCCAUGCCGCCGCCCAGGCCGUGAGCGCGCUGGACCUCCUGGCGGCUCUGGCCGCCUACGCGAAGAUGUCGGGAGCCGUGCGGCCCGAGUUGGCGGAGGACGGGCCCGUCGCCGUCGAGGCGGGACGCCAUCCCACAAUGGAGCGGGCGCUGCAGGAGGUCGGACAGCACUUCCAGCCCAUGGACUUCUUUCUUGCCAGCGACUGCAACUUGAGCGAGUCCAGCAACUUCCAGAUCAUCACGGGCCACAAUGGGGGAGGCAAGUCCACAUACUUGCAGACGCUGGCGCAGCUCGUCAUUCUAGCACAGGUCGGAAGCUUCAUCCCAGCCCGCUCUGCGACUUUGAGGGUGAUCCAUUCCUUGUUCACUCGCAUGGGCACCAGUGACAGCAUAGAAGCAAGUGCGUCUUCGUUUCUCAUGGAGAUGCAGGAGGCAUCUCACAUCCUGCACGGUGCUGACCAAGGCAGCUUGGUGCUCAUUGAUGAGUUGGGAAGAGGAACGGCUUAUGCUGAUGGGCUGGCCAUUUGCUGGGCCUUCUGCGAGAAGCUGCUGGAGCUGAAAGUGCGGUGUCUUUUUGCCACGCACUUCUUCGAACUCUGCGGGCUACAAGGCAGCUUUCGCAAUAUGCACUUGGAAGUGGAGGACUGCGAGGGGGUGCGCCGGUUCUCGGUCCAGCAUAUUAGCGCUCUGAGAGCCUUGCAGAAGGGCAAGAGCCGCUACGGCCUGAAGGUGGCCUUGUCCUGCCUCCCCAAAGAGGUGGUUCACCGAGCGGAGACGAUGGUCUCCCAGGUUGACGCGGCGCUGAAGCUCCGCCACGAAGAUGUCUCUGUCCAGGGCGUGCAGCUGGAAGCGACGGUGCGGCAGCUGCUUGCGUUGGCACGAAGCGACUUCUCAUCUGACGUGCUGAGGGAGUUGCAGAGGCCAUGGCGGGCACACCUUGCUCAAACGAAUUCGCGGACCAUGCGCAUCAGUGGUGCUUGACAGCUUUGCAGCAUCGGGAUGAGGCAUGCUGCAAUGCUUGAUGAUCUAGAAAUGCUUCGCGAUCAGCGACUACCACCGGUUGCUUGAUGCAUUCAAAAAUUACUGUUUGUUCACAGUUGCGCUUUUGACGUGCAGCCAAAUUGUAAAGGAUAGCUUUUCUGGGCCAAGCCCUGCCGGCAAUGGUCGCGGCGAAGCAUCGCCAAGCCGACUGACAUCACUGCGAAUUGAGGGUUUGCACGGCAGA